UCCAAUAUAUGCCUUACAGUUUGGCCUUAUUAGAAGUACAAAUAAUACUCCUAGCUGAUAUAUUAGUUCAUCAUAUAGAAAUCCAUAGCUAAAGAUAAUAUGGCAGGCUCGAGUCACUCGUGGCCUAAUAGCCAGGACGAUUAUGAGCUGUUGGAAGUGAUCGGUGUGGGCGCCACUGCUGUCGUCCAUGCGGCCUAUUGCGCACCGCGCGGCGAAAAGUGUGCCAUCAAACGUAUCAACUUGGAGAAGUGGAACACCUCCAUGGAUGAACUGCUCAAAGAAAUACAGGCUAUGUCCAGUUGCAAUCACGAGAAUGUCGUAACAUAUUACACGAGUUUCGUCGUAAAAGAUGAGUUAUGGCUUGUGCUUCGUCUCUUAGAGGGUGGUAGUUUAUUAGAUAUAAUUAAACACAAAAUGAGAAUUUCCAAUUGUAAACAUGGGGUGUUUGAUGAAGCGACUAUCGCAACUGUUCUUAAGGAAGUACUAAAAGGUCUCGAAUACUUUCACCAGAAUGGCCAGAUACACAGAGAUAUCAAAGCCGGUAACAUACUGCUUGGAGACGACGGAAUUGUACAAAUUGCGGAUUUCGGCGUGUCGGCCUGGCUCGCUACCGGCAGGGAUUUAUCCAGGCAAAAGGUGAGACAUACAUUUGUCGGUACUCCCUGCUGGAUGGCGCCAGAAGUCAUGGAACAGAAUCACGGAUAUGAUUUUAAGGCAGACAUCUGGUCAUUUGGAAUAACAGCUAUUGAAAUGGCUACUGGUACUGCUCCGUAUCACAACUAUCCACCAAUGAAAGUGUUGAUGCUUACACUGCAGAAUGACCCCCCAACUUUGGACACUGGCGCUGACGAAAAGGAUCAGUACAAAGCUUACGGUAAAACCUUCAGAAAAAUGAUUUCAGAAUGUCUUCAAAAGGACCCCACCAAGAGGCCUUCUGCACCAGAAUUACUGAAGCACUCAUUCUUCAAAAAAGCGAAAGACCGUAAAUAUUUAGUGCAAACCCUAGUGACAAUAGGACCAAGUAUGGAAACCAGAGUGCAUAAGGCGAGUAAACGACAACCUGGUACCUCUGGUCGCCUCCACCGCAUGGAAACUGGAGAGUGGGUAUGGGAGAGUGAAGAGGAUGAUGAAGAAGAGGACGGAGAGACGAGCCGCGACCGACCUAUGAAUCAGCUUUUGCGCGCGGACUCCUCCGAGAGCGAAAGCGAGGAAGGCGAACCCCGCGCAGGCUUCACCAUAGGCUCUCUCGAUGCAGAGGAAGCUCCACAGAUCAAUCUAGUGCUACGCAUGAGGAACUCUCGGAAAGAAUUGAAUGACAUUCGCUUUGAAUUCGCUGCGGGCAAAGAUUCUGCGGACGGAAUCGCAACAGAACUGGUAGGCGCGGGAUUGGUGGAGGCUCGGGACUCGGCUGCUAUCGCGCAGCAGCUGCAACGGCUGGUAGACUUGCACUUGUUCCCGCCGCCAGACGCGCCCGCACCGCGCUCACUCACCUUCCAGUUGGAGUCGGCAGACCCUGCAGAGCCACUUGACGAAAAGGGUCUCGUGGGCUAUGCGCAAAUAUCCAUUGUGGACUGAAUCGCGCUUGCACUCGCUUGCCUUCCCGGGCCCUCGCACGCCCUCGCCAACCCCGGCCCGCCCUCACCGACUCGACUUUACUCGGCCUGUCUAUGCUGGUCCUCACCACUGUCGCAGACCUUCACUUCGCGUUUGAUGGACAAUAAUAUUUCUUAGAGAUAGCCGCGUCGUAUACGCCGCCACUUUAGUACGUAGUGAAUAUCUAUUUUAAGCUCUAUAUUCUGUUAUAUGCUUAGAUACCUAUAUAUAUUAUGGGUGGAUAUGGAUUUUAGUUAUAUAGUUUUUAGCUCAAGAGGAUGUAUAAUUUUACAUGACGAUAGGCUGAAUCUGAAUUUGUAAUUAUUUUUCCUGAUUUUAUAUUAAUAUUGUGUUUAAGCAUCUGCUUCAUUGUAUUGGAAACACUGUAAUUUUAUUAUAAAUUUGAAUAUACUAUUUUGUGUCAAAUUAUCCACUUUAUGAAUGCCUCGCGUACAUCUGUUCUUAAUUAUUUAAAGCAUAAGUCAAUAUACAAAUUUCAACCCAAUCUGUCUUUAGAAAAAAUAACUUUCAUUCCGUAAAUAUUAAAUCUAAAUUUGAAUUAUCACCAUAACCUUUUCACGCGGAAGCUCGGCGUAGGCGACAUUCUUGAGUUUCAUACACAAUGCUGCGUAUAAUUAAUCAGCCAUAUCUGUACCUCGCAAUAACACAGCGGUGUCGUGUGAAUGAACUCGCCUUUUUUAAAGUAUAUAUCGUAUACGAUUGUAGAAUGUUUAUUAUUUACUAUGUAAUCAACUGCGUGCCAUAAUAAAAUGUCCUAUAAAAGUACUCGCAUGAUGGAGCAUAUCUCGUAAAUUUAUUACAGUGUUGAAUUUAAACAAGCAGAUGUAUGGAGCACUAUACUUUUUAUGUUGUUAAUUGUUUGUUGCUUAUUUUGGAAGGAUUUUUUAAAACAAUAAAUAAUAAUGUAAAAAUUAUUCCGGCAGGAUGUUUUAUUAAAAUCACUAUGAAUUUACUGUUACUUAAAUCUACAAAUGCAAUUACUGAUUGGUUUCAAUUUUCAAUGAGGUGGUUUUGGUAGUCGACAAGAUUAAUAUGUAACAAGUUAAAAAAAUAAGUACUUAGUAGGAAGAAUAUUAUAAAUUUCAAAUUCUUAAUCUCUUCCUUUAUCUACCUUACUCGACUACAAAGGAUUAAGAAUAUAAAACCCAUUU